AUGGCACAACCAUCUUUUAAUUUCACACCUUCAGGAGGAGGUUUUGGUCUUGGAAAUACAACUAGUGCCAGUGGCAGCUUAUUCCCUGGUUUUGGAACUUCUCAACCUUCAGGAGGAGGUUUUG